AUGGUACUAACAUGCCCCCCCAAGCGUAUCUACCGCUUCGACCGAAAAAAAGGAAAGCCUAUCUACCGCGGUCCGGCUCUCAAACAGCUUGUUGCUGGAAAUUCCCAUGUAUGCGGCCUUGUUAAUGGGAGUACUAGCCGCCUCGAAUGCUGGCAAUGGCACAGAUUCAAUAUGAAUCGAUACAUCCAUGACUUCUCAAGCAUCGCCGUGGGAGAGAAUUUUGUAUGCGGGGUAUCAAAAAUUGGGAAAGUUACUUGCUUAGGAAGCAAUAUUAAAGUGGUUGGAACUGAGCCUAGCUGGAAUUGCAGUGCUGUAAGUGCAGGGUUCAAUCAUGCUUGUGCCAUCUCAUCGGAGACUGGUGGUUUGCAUUGUUGGGGAGAUAUGAAGGGUAAGAAACCACAAGAGAAAUUCACAUCUCUGGCCUUGGGAGAGAACCGCAGUUGUGCUCUCAGGACUAAUGGAACAAUUGUUUGCUGGGGUGAAAAUAACUUCAGCUUGCCUGUGGCUCUGCAAGAGACUUAUUUCGUAGCAAUUGAAGCAAAACGAAGUGUCUUCUGCGGAGUUUUGUCAUCUAAUUUUUCCUUGUAUUGCUGGGGCAACCCAAUUUUUGAUGCCUCAAACCAUUUCAUGGUGUUCGAGAGUGACGUGCAGCCAGGGCCGUGUACAAGGGAGUGCCCAUCAGGGAGCAAUGCAUUACCAGGCUACGGUAGAUUUUGUAAACAAGGAUAUGUUUGCCAACCCCAACUACCAGAGAUCGAAAAGUCCUCAUCAUCAUCAGGGAGUAAAUGGAGCAAGAAAAUGGUGGCUUUUCUUGUAGUGGGGUGUGUCGGAUCCUUAGCUUUCGUUUUGGUAUGUUGUUUCUUGGUGUUCAAGUUUUGCAAAAUUAGAGGAAGCCGCAUUCAUGACUCGGGCCCCUUGGAGGUGACCCAGUUACAAGGUCAUCAUAGUAAUCAAGGCACCGCUGCUGCAGCUGUAGUGGCAGGGCAGCCGGUGUUGGAGAAGCGGCUGAGCCAUGUGGUGAGCAUGGGUGCCAAUGGGGCUUCUUUGGAGGAAUUUUCAUUGGAAGAACUUCUAGAAGCCACUUCCAACUUCUCCGAAGAACACAAAAUCGGAACAGGCAGCUAUGGCUCAGUCUACUACGCUAGAUUAACUGACGGCCGCCAAGUGGCCAUCAAGCGCGCCGAGACCUCAGCCUCCUCCUCCUACGUCGGUGGACACGCAAGGCGCCAGGAGGACAAAGACAACGCUUUCGUCAACGAGCUCGAAUCCCUCUCCCGCCUCAACCACAAGAACUUAGUCCGCUUGCUCGGCUUUUUCGAAGACACAAAAGAGCGCAUUUUGGUGUACGAGUACAUGAACAACGCCACUCUCCACGACCAUCUCCACAAGCUCGUACACUCCCCUCUAGUCUCAUGGGCCGCGCGCAUCAACGUGGCACUCGACGCAGCCCGAGGCGUUGAGUACCUCCACAUGUACGCAGUCCCACCAGUCAUACACCGUGACAUCAAGUCGUCCAACAUAUUACUGGACGACACAUUGCACGCCAAGGUGUCGGACUUCGGGCUAUCCUUGAUGGGCCCAGAGGACGACGAGUCGCACCUCUCACUCCGGGCAGCCGGUACAUUCGGGUACAUGGACCCGGAGUACUAUCGGCUGCAACAGCUGACGACGAAGAGUGACGUGUACAGCUUUGGAGUGGUGUUGCUAGAGCUGUUGUCGGGUUACAACGCAAUUCACAAGAAUGAAAACGGGGUGCCAAGAAACGUUGUGGAUUUUGUGGUGCCGUACAUUGUGAACGAUGAGAUCCAUCGGAUAUUGGACCCGAAAAUGCCCCCCCCGAAUCCGUUUGAGAUCGAGGCCGUGGCAUACGUUGGGUACUUGGCGGCGGAUUGUGUAAGUUUGGAAGGUAGGGACAGGCCAUCCAUGACUGACAUAGUGAGUAGCUUGGAAAGAGCGUUGAGUUUUUGCUUGGCAAGCGUUUCUCGCUCUUCUUCCACGACUCGGUCUUCCACGUAG